GUCUAUCUCUUGUCUUGUCACCAAACAGAGACAAAAACCCAACACAACUCGCCUUUCCUCUGUUCGUUCCACUUAACCACAAAGAAACAGAGUAUGAAUAAGAGAGAAAGGGCAUCGCCGUAAUUUCCAUCUCUCUCCUCUUCCUCCUCCAUCCUCCAUGUUCACAUCCUCCCACUUUAACAUCAACACCAACACCAACACCAACACCAACAGCGACACCACCAUUCUCUCCGCCGGUGGCGCUGCCAGGUGCACGUUCUCGUUAAUGGCCGCCGCGGCGUCGCCCUCCACUCCGGUGGUUCUGUUCACCGCCCUCGCCGGCGUGGCCCUUGUGGCUGUGAUUUUCUACGGUGCCAGUAGGGGUCGGCUUAAAUCGCCAUGGUCACAUAGGAAGCGAAAAAAUGCCCUUUCUCCUCAUCAAUGGAAAAGCUUCUUUACAGAAGAUGGUAGACUCUGUGAUGGUGGAAUUAAGCUCCUUAAAAGAGUGCGCAGUGGAGGUGUUGAUCCUAGUAUUAGGGCUGAGGUUUGGCCAUUCCUGCUUGGAGCAUAUGACUUGGACAGCACCAGAGACGAAAGAGAUGUUAAAAGAAUCCAAAAUAGAAAGCAAUACGAGAAACUUCGCAGGCAAUGCCGGAAACUCUUCAAGCAAAGCAAUGAAGGCAACAAGUUAAAUGAAGUUGGUGAAAUCAGCUACGAAGGAGACGAUGGAACUCUUUUUAAAGAUUCAGGUUCUUCUAGUUCUGAUGAUGCAGCCAGUGCUAGGGAAUCUCUUUCUAGUGAAGAUAGGAGCCCUGAUGUUGAACAUUCAGAUAAUCCAACCAGUUCCCUGUUGGAAGGAGAUGAUGUUGCUAAUGUCAACAACACUGAUGUCUCUACACUGGAUACUGAUUCCUCUGAUUCAGACUCGUCAGAAGGUCCUGAAGUAAUUCAAACAGUUCCUUCUGAUGAUGUUCAGGAAGAUAAAAAUCCCAACAAAGAUUCAGAGGAAGCCUAUUCUCCACCCCAAGAAAAAGUCUUGUCAAAGUUACCAACCUCAGAAGAUUUUUCCACCUGGCAACGGAUAAUCCGACUUGAUGCGGUACGUGCCAAUGCAGAAUGGAUGGCAUACUACCCCUCUCAAGCUGUGGUAUCAGACAGUAGGGCUCGUCGUACUGCUGAGGUUGUUGGCUUGAAGGAUUAUGGUCACCUAGAGGCUGGCAGAAUCUUCCAUGCUGCACGACUAGUUGCUAUUCUAGAAGCGUAUGCACUAUAUGACUCCGAAAUUGGCUACUGCCAGGGUAUGAGUGACCUGCUAUCUCCUAUACUUAGUGUUAUAUCAGAGGAUCAUGAGGCUUUCUGGUGUUUUGUUGGAUUCAUGAAGAAGGCACGGCAAAAUUUUAGGCUUGAUGAGGUGGGUAUUCGUAGACAGCUGGAUAUAGUUGCAAAAAUAAUCAAGUUUAAGGAUGCCCACCUCUUUAGGCAUUUGGAGAAGCUUCAAGCUGAGGAUUGCUUUUUUGUCUAUAGGAUGGUGGUGGUGAUGUUUCGAAGGGAAUUGACAUUUGAACAGACUCUUUGCCUAUGGGAAGUAAUGUGGGCAGAUCAAGCAGCAAUCAGGGCAGGUAUUGGGAAAUCUGCAUGGAGCAGAAUUAGGCAGCGUGCUCCACCAACAGAUGAUUUAUUGCUCUAUGCAAUUGCAGCUUCAGUAUUGCAGAGAAGGAAAUUGAUCAUUGAGAAGUACAGCAGUAUGGAUGAGAUCAUUAAGGAAUGCAAUAGCAUGUCAGGACAGCUUGAUAUUUGGAAACUGCUUGAUGAUGCACAUAACUUAGUUGUCAACCUUCAUGACAAAAUAGAGACAUCAUUAUCAUGACAGGCAAAUAGCAAACUGGUUUACAAUAUUAUCAUAAAAAUAUAUAUUAUCUUAGGCUACCAGAUUUCUCCUCUACAUCUAAAAUAAGCACUGGAGCUGCAAGGGCUAUUGCUUAUUAUUCCAAGGUCUGUUGCUUAAACUUGCCACUGCUUAUUUGUUGAUUUUGAGUUGAUAAUAUGGUGGCUAAUGUGAGGAUGUUAUCAACAAUUGCGAAUGUCGUCGUUUUUUUGACUCAAGUCACGAGAUCUUUUACUCUUAGGCUCUGCAAACUCGCAUGUCUUUUGAUUGUCUUCGAACCAUUUAUCGCUUGACCAGAAUGCUUAUUUUUCUAAGGGUAAGUGAAGAGAUCACAUUCUAAAUGGUUGAACUUUUACUGAAUUGAUUCUGGAAUCGAUGUUAUUUUAGCAUUCGAUUGAAUUAGUAACUGUAAGUUUGAGUUUUUCGUGGGAUCAAUUAAUUGCGUUAACACCUUU